AAGUAAAAAUUAUUGAUAUUUGAUUGUAGUAUUGACAAAUGAUACACAGUAUACAAAGCAGUGGUUCAUAUAGAGAUCGUAGUGGAUGUUGUCUGACGUACAUUAGUUUAAUAAUUUAACUGUAGUUUCAUUAAUAACGUCGUGAACUGUGAGUUCGUGUAGUGUGAAGCCUCCAAAAUCUUCCGACUGUACGCCUGUAUUCUGAGAUAGUAAUUACUUGAGAAAAAUAAAAACUCUUCGGCCGUUUGUGUUAACAACAAAAGCAACAAAAAUGCCUUAUGUAGCAACAUUUGUAACAGCUAAAUCAAGUGGACAAACUCAAAUGCAUCAACAAAGUGUAGCCCUAAAUAAUUUGCCGCCACCAAUCCAAUACACUCAGUCACAAGUCCAAAAUCCAGUUUCUCAGUUUUCAGAAGUAUCUGCAGUGAAAGAUAAGAAUAAUAUGAUUAAAAACAAGGAUGAUCAAUGUGUGGAUGAAUCAACAUCUGAAAAAACAGAAGUCAAAUGGCCAACCAAACGUAAAAUUAAUAAGAAAGAACAAAAAAAGCGACUCAAUGCCCGAAUGCGACGUUUAGUAUGUCCCAAGAGUCCAUUAAUGGUAUUUUCUGAAUUGUACAAAGAUGUACCAAUUAAAUUAGAAGAUCGUCUACACAACAAUAAUUUUGUGGUUUUUACUGCUUCAAUUGAGAUUGAUGGACAAGUUUAUACUGGAGAUCAUGUUUCUAAAACUCAAGCAAAACAAAAAGCAUGUGAAAAUUUUUUGCGUGUUAUGUUGGCAAAAAAAAUGAAUGAGCGACCAGAAAAAAAAGAUGAAUGUUUCGAGGAAUCAAAAAUAGAGGAUGAAAGUGUUACAUCGUCAAAACCUAAAGGACCACCUCAGGAAGAUUUCCCAUGGCCACAUUUUGCUUCAUUGGCUAUGCAUAAUUUGAUAGCUCAUUGGGAAUUACAGCCAGUUACAAAAGUUAUGCCAGAAGAAACAGUAAAAACUCCACCUAAGGUUGGUGGUAUGAAAAAAUUUCCUAAUAAACCAGAAAAUUAUAACCCUGUACAGUUAUUGCAUCAAAUGUCACCGGGUAUUCAAUUCACUGAAACAACAAUUAAUUCUAACAAUCCAUCAUGUUUUGAAGUAAAAUGCAAAAUGGAUGGUGUUACAUUUGCUGGAAAAGGAUCAACAAAAAAGGCUGCUAAGAAAGAGUGUGCUAUUGCAACAAUCAAAUACUUUUGGAAUUUUGAUUUUCACACUGUAGAGAAGAAAUAAAUAUUUACACAUUUUUUCAUACCCAUUUAGAAUUUUGUUUAGUAUUAUAGAUUUUUUGUGUACCUA